UCAAGCAUCAGAAUUCAGAAGAAAGUAACUCGGUGAUUCUAAAACGAAGAAUUUAGGGUUUUGAAGAUGAAGAAGCAGCACCAGAAAAAAGUCGAAAAUUCUGUUAUCAUUCCUCCAAAUGAGCAGCGAUGUGUUGUACAUGAUGGGAAAAAGUGGAGAUGCAAGAACCGAAUUGCUGAUACUGGUAUCAGAUACUGUGAAAAACACGAUCGAGCGAAGAACAAGUAUAAGUUAGUUCGAAGUGAGACGGCUCCGAUGGAAAAGUAUACAAACGGAAAAGAAGGUAACAGUAGCAGUGAAUGUAAUGGUGGUUCGGAGAAAUCUGAGUUUGACUGGAAAGAGAAGAGGAAAAGAACGUUAACGAAGGAAAUUCAAAUUCAUCAUACUUGUGUAGAACGUAGGGUUUCAAAUCGCUUGAAACAGAAGAAGGAGAAUAAGAGGAUAUUGGAUGAUGAUCUGACUGUUAAUGAAUCAACAAAAACAAUUCAACAAAUUACUAAUCACGCUUACAGAAUUGAAGAUGGUCCGCCAGGUUUUCUGACGAAGAGUUUGAAAGCUGAAGCUACAGUGGCAAACUUUGAGACUCAUUCGAGGAGAUGUUAUGAGGAGCUGAAAUCAUCUGGAGAAUCUACGAAUCGCGAAGUUGAAUUGGUGAAACUCUUGGGUCAUUUUGAAAGUGAACGUCUCAGGUUGUCUGUAGAGCUUCAGAGGAAGAGAAACGAGUGCGUCGAAAUCCAGGGCAAGUUAGUCGACUUAGAGCGUAGAAAGAUUGCUGCUGUAGAUGAGUUGAAUCAGUUAAAGAGGAGACAAGAAAGAGAUGCAGAUUCGCGCAUUGCCCGCUUACAGCAAGAUCAGAAGGUUUUAGGCCAAAGACAGGAGGGAAUACUUGGAAGAAUCACUCACUUCGGGGAGGAACAAAAAAAGAUGGACACUGAAUUGAAACACGGGAAAAGGAGGGCAGAGGACGAGAUUCAAGUUUGGAAGAAGAAGUUUUGCGAUUUGGAGACCCGACUCUUGAGCAUCGAAAAGAGGAGAAAGAUAAAGAGUGGAGUGAAUUUGGUAUCAAACCAGACUAACCAGUUAGCAACGGCAUUUCAUUUGGAGGUUCUAUCUAACCUUCUUCAAUUUAAUUGAACAGAUAUGUUCUCGUAAAUGUUAUUCAUGGUGCGGUACUAUAAGUAAAAUUCCGGCUCUUGCUUUCCAUUGUGGUUACAUAGACUGAAAAGUUGGCACUGCCAUAUCUAAAU